CGGCACGCGAGAGGGCGGCCAGAUAUAGGCGGCUGCCGGUCGCCUCACAUGGGAGAGAGAAGCGGUAGUCGGACGGAGUGGCCUGGUGCUGUCUGAAGAAUAGCAUGAUGAAGAAAAGAUGGCUACUUCUCUCGGUGUUGUGUUUUUCACUCUCAUUACUAAAACUUUGUGAUGGAGCUAUCAUGCUAUCUGUCCCUGAAGUGGUUUCAUUAGAAAAUGGUAGCUUGACAAAUGUCACUGUGAUUCUAAGUGCCCGAUUAAAUGAGACCUUGGUGAUAACAUUUAAUGUCACAUAUUCAUCAAAAAAUGGAACCAUUGUUGAACUACCUGAUCAAGUAAUAUUGCCUACAGGUCUAAAUAAUUCAAGCUUUCAAGUGAAAGCUAAAGAUGUUGGACAAGUUACAGUUUAUCUUCAUGCCAGUAAUUCCAACGAAACUGGUCCCAGGAUUCGAUUCCAAGUGAUUCAUAGUAACAUAGUGAGGAUUAUAGACCAGGUGACUGGCUGGAUCUAUUUCUUUGCCUGGUCGAUCUCCUUCUACCCUCAGGUUUUUGAAAACUGGCGACGAAAAAGUGUUGUUGGACUAAGCUUUGACUACGUAGCAUUAAACCUCACUGGCUUCAUAGCAUACAGUGUAUUUAAUGUAGGACUUUUCUGGAUAGCCUACGUCAAGGAGCAGUUCCUACGCCAGUAUCCCAAUGGAGUGAACCCUGUGGACAGCAAUGAUGUCUUCUUCAGUCUCCAUGCAGUAGCUUUAACUCUCUUUCUGAUAUUUCAGUGCUGUAUAUAUGAGAGAGCUAGUCAAAGAGUGUCCAGAGUUGCUAUUGGGCUGCUUGUGAUUGCGUGGAUCUUUACAUUUACCACCCUGUCCGUGGCUGCAGCUGGAGAAAUCACAUGGCUACAGUUCUUAUUUUUCUUUUCUUACAUUAAACUGGGAAUCACACUGAUAAAAUAUUUUCCACAGGCAUACAUGAAUUUUCGGCGGAAGAGUACUGAAGGGUGGAGCAUUGGAAAUGUGUUACUAGAUUUUACUGGUGGAAGCUUCAGCCUCCUUCAGAUGUUUUUACAGUCUUACAACAAUGAUGAAUGGAAAUUAAUCUUUGGCGAUCCAACUAAGUUUGGACUGGGCCUCUUCUCCAUCAUCUUUGACAUAGUCUUCAUCAUCCAGCAUUACUGUCUAUAUAGAACACGGGGAUAUGAGUCUUUGGACUAGAGUCCCACCUCGAACAGACACAAUAGUACGGAUUUAUUGGUGUUACCUCGCUGCUGGCUGAGGGAUUUCCAGACUACGCACCAGGUACCAGCAUGACUAGUUCGAGUCGUGCUGUUUAUAAUUCCUCUUCAGUAUGGGACUGCAGCGAACUUUUUUGCUUAAUGCCAAAUGCCUUAAUGGAUAUUCCAUUAUCCUACCCCUUGCAGCUGGACAAGAUUUGCAACCCUGGAAGCUAAUUCCCGGCCAGCCUGUCUCGAGCUGGCCUAGUAAUAUGUGGCUAUCUUUGAUCAAUACAGCAUUCGAGGGGGGGCAAGGAAAGAGCUGGGCUUCCUUCAGCUAAACACCAUUGGAGGGUGAAAAACCCAACCAGGUACCUUUUUAAAGUAGUGACCAAGAAACAGGUUUUUAUGGAGUGGACAGUAGAAUUUAACUGCGCUGCUGCCUUCAUCCUCUCCCAAACCAAGCUGUAAGUGGAAGGCAGUGGCUCAAGAAGACUACUUGGUAACAACAGAUACAUGUAGGUACAGUGGGUUAAUGAAGUCACUAACCAAAAAGCAUGAAGACCAGACCAGCACUAAUCAGACUUAAUAUCACAGCACAUUCCUAUGAUGGUGUCAAGAGCUAUACUUGUACACGCGGAGAUCACAUUAAGUCAUUUUUUAAAGUGUUCAUCACCAAGCACUUUCAGUAAAGGUACUAAAUCUAGUACCAAAUUUCUGACUAUUUACUGCACUAAGUUAAGUUAUUCACAUUUGGUUCCAUUAAAGUGCCUAGUCUGUGCUGUUGAACAACUUGUAUUUAAGUCUGAUCCUGUUGUUCAGUAGCCUAAUGAUUAAAACUUGUAUUAGUCUUAGUGUUUCCUCCAUUUUCCUGAGUAAUCUAGGCAGUAGCUGAUUAGCACUCAAACAUGGCACCUUCUAGAUAAAGAUCUCAAGAUUCCCUCUGCAAGGUAGGUAUUAUAACCAUUCUAUAUAGGUGGCUUGAGGGAAAUAAGGUCUUUAAGUAACAAGCCAUUAACAUAAGAGAAUGCAGGAGGGUGGUGAAUUGGGAAUAAAACUUAAGUAUUGACUCUUGCUCUGGUGCUCUGAAUUGCUUUCUCCAGCAUCCAUGCAAAGAAUGUAAUAUUUCAUGUCCAACCAUGGUUGAACAUUCUUGCACUUUAAACUGUAUAGCUUGGCACUAUGCUGUCUCUUAUCUUUUGACAGGAGUAAGGAAUAGAGUAUAGUAAAUGGGACUUAAACACAAGAUUUAGAAUCACUAAUAUUCAGGUCUGAUUACUUAGUCCUGCAACCCUUCUGCCAGAGGAGAAAACAACUUGUUCUUCUGCACUGAAAAGUUUAAGAUGGUAAAAUUUCAGAAGAGAAUGUACUCCUCCCCCAGAGAUGCUCCAAGUUGUAAAUGGGUGCAGAAUUUGCUGACUGUCACUGCACUGUUAACCAUAUUACACUGAAGAGGAGAAGAUGUGCUAAACAGCUGUCUAAAAGUAGUCAGGUACCACUCAACCUGUCCUAAAUCAGAAUUGGAGGGGUAGGAAGCUUGCACAAAAAGGGUGUAAAUACAUAAGUUGUCCUCUUAAGCGAGACAGUUUGUUAAAUUCAUUCUUUAUUGUGUAAAAUCAAGAGACCACAGUACAAAUAGCAGUGUACUUUUCUACAGUAAACAAAAAUAAGGCCUAUCUGUAAAGCUAUUAAGAUAUUUACUACCACAGGAAUUGUAAUUUAAAUGUCCAAAAUUCCUUUUGGAUUUUUUUGUAUUGAAUAAGAUAAAAAACUGUAUAAAAAGAGGCAUCUGCUGGUAUGUAAAGAUACAGAGUGGAACAUUC